UACUCCUCAGCCAGACCUGACAGCCACGCGGUUUCCCAAAAAUACUCUUUUGGCAGUUCACGAGCCAUCUUGAACGUCACACACCACAGAACGCACCCUUAUAUCAGCCCCUGAACCCCCGUCGCGAUCGAGUGUCUUGAUCUUCACCAUGCAGCUCUACUACCACUAUCAAGGUCAGGCCAUUCAAAACAACACUGAGGACCAGACCUCAACUUCUCCUGCCACAAUCUCGAAAGCACCUGUGCUCUACCCGGCCGAACAGUUUGAGGAGUGCUUCGCACAUCUCGAUAUGGCAGGUCCUCCGAUGGCGGUUCACCGCCUCAAUGCAGUCAACCCGCCUCAUUUAGAGCCACCGCGCUCCCUUCCCUCCGGAUCGCAGCAGUACAUGACCUCGCAAUCUGCCUCCGGGCCGGCCGGCGAGGCUCAGUCAAGACCAGAGUCUAUGGUCUCGGAUGGUGACUCGUUCUCGUACCAGGGCUCGCCAGCGCCCGCCCACGCCUGGCUUACACCCGCGGCAUCGCCAGAGUCUUCGUCUGUCCCAAGCCCACAGAGCUGUUGGUCAAGCACACACCACGAGGCUGAUUGCCUACCUCAGUCGUGGCCUGCGGGUCAGCCGCAAAUUCCCUCUUACGACAUGCAACUGUACAUGUCUACACAAGGUGCAGAGGGAACGCACGAAUCUCGAUCGUCAGCAACCUCGACCCUGCAAUCUCAGACCAACACAAUCCGCCACAUGAACCAAGGCUUUGGGAAUGACGAAGAUGACGAAGAUACCGAGGACUGGAACAGCUUAAAUGGAGAAGAGAUUGACGGCAAUGCAUGUUACGCCAAGCUCCUUCGCCUGGCUCUCAUGGGCUCUGACAGGCACGCCAUGGCGCUGAAGGACAUCUAUCAGUGGUUCAGAGACCACACGAACAAGCCUGGGUUGGACCCAGAAAACAAAGAGACCAAGGGCUGGACAAACAGUGUUCGCCACAACCUCAGUAUGAAUCACGUGAGUACCUAGCCCUCGCGAUGUCUGGCGUUUCGACGUUACAAGUGAUUUCUAACAGCGCGCGUGGCAGGCUUUCGUUCGUCACAGCCGCCCGGCCAUGCCGUCGGAUCGUACGAACAAGAAGAUGAUCUCUGAGUGGUGCCUGGAGCCG